AGAGGACGCUAGGGACCGGUAUCAGCUGACUCCGACGUGUCAUGGAGUGUUGUUAAAUUGCACGUGUUUAUUAUAAUAGUUCAUGUAAAUCACCCCUUGAGGAUGAACGAAUGAGCCGAAUCGAGAGUGCGGGCCAUGAACUGCUAAUAUCAGCCAUGUAUAUAAUGUCCUUGAGAAGCCAGCCACGCACCGCUGAAUAAUCUUACUCAGAGGUCAUGUGAUGCUCUUCCGAGACGGUGACGGCAUGCAAAAUUUACUGCUUUCUUAUGCAACCAGGUGCCAAUGAACUUUAGGUGACUGAAUUGCCCGCUAGUAACGACGAAGUUAAUGAGUGUUCGUGCAAUAAAACAGAUAAACUGAAUCUCCAUCUGUGAAAAAAAUGAGGCACCACGAUUUUAUACAACUUACGCUUCUAACAAAAAACAACAUCGUUCAUAUUUGCUGACUAGGGCGGAAAAAAGCGGUGUGUGUGUGUGUGUGUGUGUGAAUCCACGUGGUACCUCAACCGGUAACUCGUACGGCAAAUCCAGUCACGCAGAGAUGGUGAGAAUCACUCUGGAUCUGGUUCGCAAGCGCGCCGAGCACAACGACGGGGAGCUGUCCACGCUGGAGGAACUCUCUCUCCACCAGCAGGACAUCGAGCGCAUAGAGCACCUCCAUCGCUGGUGUCCGAGGCUGAAGAUUCUCUACUUACAAGGCAAUAUCAUCUCCAAGAUCGAGAACAUGGGUCGUCUUCGUGACCUCGAGUACCUCAACUUGGCCCUCAACAACCUGGAGCGCGUGGAGGGCCUGGUCAGGUGCGAGUCCCUGCGCAAACUCGACCUCACCGCGAACUUCAUCACGGACAUCGCCUCCCUCGCGAGCCUCCAGGAGCUGCCGUGCCUCACCCAGCUGUACAUGACAGGUAAUCCGUGCACCACCUACCGCGGCUACAGGCCCUGGGUCAUCUGCAUGUUGCCGGGCCUCGAGGAGCUGGACGGGGCAAGGGUCACGAGGUCAGAGCGGCUCCGAGCCCUGCAGGAACUGGCCGAAGCAAACACCACCGUGAUGGCCGACCAGCAGCAAGCAAUGGAGAAAAGAGCCGCGGAAAGGGAGACUUGUGGGCGUGACGAAGAAAGUAGCAACGAAGAAGACGAGGAAGACGACGAAAAGUGGUGGGCCGGCGCCAGCACCCACACGCCGGAGACUCGCCUCGCCAUGCAUCGCCGCAUCGCCCGCACGAGGAAGGACACCAACACACGCAGCCUCGCCGAUGGAUGCAAGAAGAAGCGUGAGGUGCGUCUCUUCACCGCCGACGGCCGCCCCCUCAACACGAACGCUGCCAACCUCGAGUUCACGUUCACCGAGGACGAAGAGAACAACCGCUUCGUGCUGGAUGUGAACACGUACAGGCACCUGGACUCCUCCCUGCUUACCUGUGACGUGCAGCCGUGGUACGUGCGCGUCACAGUGAGGGGCAAGCCGCUGCAGCUCGUAUUAAUGGAGGAGGUGAGGCCGGGGCGAGCCGAGGCCAAGAGGUCGCAGGUCACCGGCCACCUCGUCGUGACCAUGCCGAAGAACUUCGAAUUAUCUUGAGGUUGGAGAGAAGACACCAGACGUGGACUACACCAACAUCGUCAGCCAGGACAGCACCAACAAAGACAGCAUCAGCACAAUCAGCAGCAGCACCUCAGCAGCAACAGGGACUCGCCGCCAGCCCGUCCCCCCACGACCUGAUUCUCCUGACUUCGUGGAUGACGCCUCUGUUCCGCCUCUUGAGUAGUUUUUCUUUAUUUCUUUCUUCUCUUCCAUUCUCUCUUUCUCCCUUCCUUCCUUCAUUCUUUCCCUCCCUCCCUCCUCUUUUUCUUUCUUUCUUUCUUUCUUUCUUCGUCUGUCUGUCUGUUUGUCUGUCUGUCUAUCUGUCUGUUUGCUAUGGUAUGGUCAUUAUCGCCAAGCCUCUAGCCGCAGCUCAGUCCCAUCAGCUUCACAUCACAACCAGUGCAUCAGUUGUUUGUAUCAAUUGUUUUAAGCUUACAUAUUUAUUUACCGUUUCCAGAGCUUCCGCAUGAGUGUCUAUUUGCUCGAUUUGAACAUGACCGGUGAACCAAACUUUAAUCUUCUUCAUUUUCAUUUUAAGCCCAUCUUGUAGACUCCCUGUUUAGUUCUUGUAUCGUAAGGUGUAGAUCAUCAUUAGUCUCGUUAAAAGGAAAAUAUCAUCAGCAAAUUAAAGAUUACUUAAAUAUU